AUGUUACAAGUAGAUCGAUCUAUUUAUGAAGAUAUGUAUGAAUUAAAUCGAUAUCCUCAUAAUGAACAACAAAUAAAAUUAGCCACGUUAUCUGAUGUUAUUUUAGAAAGAGAAAAAAUAAAUCGAGAUAAUAAAGAAGCUGCUAGACCAUCAGAAUUAAAAAAAGAAACAUAUUCUGAAAAAAUAUUCGAACCAAUAUUUAAAAAUAAACCAGAAGAAUCUAGACCGAAAUUAGUUGAAGCAUUUGAAAAUGUUUUAAAAGAUCGUUGGGCAUUUUGUUUAUUGAAAAAAUUUAAAUCUUCUUUUAUUGACGAAAUUAAUAUUCUAUUACGAAAUUGUAAUUUUAAUGAUUUAUUAGAGAAAUUUAUUGAAAAACCAGAAGAAGCUAUACAUAUUGGUAAAGUUUGCCUUGCAGAAAAAGAAAUUUCAAUUGCUAAAGAAUGUUUCGAAAAGGGAAUAAAAUGUGGCGACAAUUCGGGAUUUUCCUAUAUGGCCGUUACAUAUUGUAUUAUUCAAUUACAACAAGGAGAAAAAGAUAAGAAAGAAGCAAGAAAACAAUUAAAAACAGCUUUAUGUUGUUUAGAAUUUGCUAAAAGAAAUUUAAUGGUAAAUCUUAAAAUAGCUGAUAUUCUUCCUCAAUCAGCUACUGCUGAUAUAUCUCAAAAAAUAUCUUCAAAAGAAAAUUUUUAUCAUGAUCAAAUUAAAGGAAAAUUAGAAGUUAUUGGAUUACAUAUCCAUUAUUUAAAUCGAGCCGUUGGAGAAAUAGUAGAACCUUAUGAUUUUAUUCUAAAUACAAACGAUGAUGAAAUGUCGACAAUUAAAAAGCAGGAAAAGGGAGAAAAGCUUUAUAAUCUUCUAGUUGAAAAUGAGCUUAUUCAAGGUGAUAGAAUAAGAAAAGCAUUUCGAAAUGACUUAAACAAACGAGCAAAUAUGGAAAAGGAAAUACGAGAUAAUCUUGAUCCUUCCAUUGCUGAUUCAAUAAUUACUUUAUUAAAUAACAAAAAUAGAUUUGAAAAGAAAGAUUUUGAAAAAAUUGUUUGUCAUAAUGAACAGUUAUGGAAAGCUUUAAAAAUCAAAAAUGCUGAAAAUGUUUAUAUACUCGAUGUAAAUAGAAUACAACGAGAAUUAUCGAAUGAAUAUGAAAAUAUAUGGACACGUUUAAAAGAUAAAAUAGAUCCGAGUAAAGUUGAUCUUUCAAUCUUUGACGAUUGUCAAGAAAAACUUAAUUUUAAAGAUUAUUUAGAACAAAAAAGAAUAUUGAUUCAAACUAAACGAGUUAAAAUCAAACACUUAAAUUUGAAUUCUUUGAAAUUCGAAGGUGAAUAUAGAAAAUAUUCUCAAGUUAAAUUCAAUGAUGGUGGUCAUGAAACCAAAGAUCUUAAAGCAUUUUUAGAAGAAUUAAUAAAACAAAUAAGUACUCGAGGAGGUGAAUAUUUCUAUCAAACAGAUUUACCCUAUCGCGGACUUGCGAAAUAUAAAUAUGGUGAUAGUAAAGAAAAAAUUGAUAACUUAUUAGAUAAAAUUUUAAAAGAUACUGAGUUUCAAAAUGAUAAAGAAACAAUUCUAUCGAAAAUAAUAAAUUUACAAGGAGAUAUUCGCUCAUCGAAAGAUGAUUUAGCUGCCAGUUUAAAAGAUUUUAUUGACCUUGAAGAUCAAGAAAUAGUGCCGAGUGAAUUGAAAUUUUUCGAAGGAUUAGGUCUUAAUAAAUUUUUAAUUAUUAAAGAAGAUAAAUCUUGGUGGGAUUGGAAUGCUUUCGCUGUUGCUAUGAUAGGACUUGCUCAAGGUAUUGGAGGUGCACUUUUCGUUUGUGUCGGUUGUGUGAAUAUAGGAGGUGCUCUAAUAUCUAAAGGUAUUGUUGAUAUGAUUUAUGCAACAAUGGCGGGAAUAUCGGGUCAAUUCAGUUGGAAAGAAUGGGCAAUACAAAAAGCAAUUAUUUUUUCUCUUUCUUUAUUAACUGCAGGCGUCAGUAAGUUAGCAAGCUUACGUGCGACUGUAGUUAAAAUAGGUGGAGCUUCUCUAAUGUCAACGUUUACAAAAAUAAUGGUAAACGCAGCAUGUCAAGUAGCAACUACUUGUUUUACUAACAUUCUAACAGACAAGAUUAUGGAACUAAUGAAAGAAAUGCUCGUACCUAAGAUUGUUAAUGAAAUCGAAGAAAAACUACUCAAAGGAGUAUACGAUUCAUUAAGUAAAAAAAUCGAAAGUCUUUAUGCUUCUAGUAAAAAUGAAGGCGAUUUUGAAAAUAAUUUUAAAGAAAUGAAAACAAAUUUAGAAGCAGCAUUAGGUAAAAAUAUAUUUUUAUCACAACAAUUUGAUAAUAUUCGUGUACAAGUUAUGUCUACUGUUAAAAGAAGUUAUGAAACACUUUCUAAUACUCUACAAAAAUCAAAUUCGAAAUAUCUUAAAAUGGCUGGUACUGCUAUGAAAGUAACUAUUUUCGUUGAUAAGAUCUGGAAUGCAGUACAAUCUAUUUUAAAUUUAACCAGUGCGAUUACUACUUUGCAUAAUAUUAUUGAUGGCGCAAGUCAAUUAAAAAAUAAUCAUAUUAAUACAAAAAGUAUACAAAAUGAGCUCCUUAAAACGAGAGUAAGUCAGUUGACAAGUGUCAUCAAAGCAUAUAUAUCAAAUGUAUUAAUAAAAGAAUUAGACAGACGUAUAAGAGCAUUGAUCAGUGGAGCGCUGGCAGUCAUUAGUGAAAAAGUGAUCAAAUUUACAACUUCUAUGAUUGAGUCAGUGUUUGAUAAGCAAAAUCCAGUUGAUGCCAUGAAAAACGCUAAUAAAAAAUGA